ACGCCUCCUGCAAAACGUUAAAUUAUCGACAGUCUGCGCGAGAAUGUCACUUUUAUAGGUCUGGUUUGAUCCCCUGAUUAUUUCUAGACCCUUUUUGAUGCAAAUAAUGUAAUCCGCCUUCAUUACUAAUCUGGACUAUUAGCGUCCGUGGAGCUAAAGCUGCUAACAGCAGAGAAUCAAUGUUUUUUUUUUUAUGAUAACGCUUUAAAAGUCCAUGAGCUACGAGUCAGUCCAGACUGCGAGUUGAUCAGACUGUGCGGGACAGACUCCAUCCUCUGUGGACACCUCCUCUAACCGUGUUGUCCAGCUGAGGACCGAGAGACUGGGGACACUUUCAGAGAGGACACAGAGCUGCUGACCAAGGCAGAAGAAAAACAGAAGGUACAGGUUAUAUGACCUGAUUUACUAGAACAGGAGAGGGUUGCAAACAAAGAUCGUGAAAAAGGAGAAUCCCAGGUGUACAGAGGAUGUCUGAGAUGAUGAAGGUUGAAGCAGAGGACCCUGGAGGACUCAGUUUGGUGCCUCCCAUACAUACAGCAUCCUCAUCAGAACUGGAGCAGAAACAAGACGACAAAGAUCUGGUCCAUCAGGUUUUGGUUAUAAAAGAAGAGGUUUCCCAUGACUGGAGACCCAGUUUGGACCAGAAGGACCCAGAACCUCUCCACAUAAAGGUGGAAGAAGAGGAACAGCGGAUCAGUCUGGAGGAAGAACAGCUUACUGUGAAGACAGAGGGUGAGGAGAAACCUCAGUUAUCAGAGCUUCAUCACCUCAAAACUGAAGACAACAGAGAGACUGAAGCUCCAACCAGCAGCUCACCUGAACAUAUGAAAACUGAACCUGAUGGAGAGGACUGUGGAGGACCAGAACCUGACAGGAACCAAAAUCCAAUAUGUUUUUCUCAUCAAACUGAGAUGAUUGUUCCAAAAAGAGGUAAAACAUCUAAACUAUGUUCCAAGGUUACAUCUCAAAUUGGAGUAAAAUCUGAAGAGAAACCAUUUGGUUGCACUGUUUGUGACAAAAGAUUUAAACGGAAGUAUUCUGUCAAAUCACACAUGAUGGUUCACACUGGAAAGGUGAAAUAUAGCUGUGAUCUUUGUGGUAAAGGAUUUAGAGUAAAGAGUUACCUUCAGACACAUAUGAGAGUCCACACUGGAGAGAAACCAUUUGCCUGUGAUGUUUGCUGUAAAAGGUUUCAUGCAAAGACAAAUCUUAAAGUUCACAUGAAACUCCAUUCAGUAGAGAACCAUUUUUCCUGUGAUAUUUGUGGCACAGGAUUUAAGACAAAGAAAAUGCAUAAGAAGCACAUGUGGUGGCACAGCGGAGAGAAACCAUUUGUUUGUGGUAUUUGUAGUAAAAGGUUUUUACAUAGAGAGAGUCUAAAAAGUCAUAUGCAUUUUCACACAGGAGAAAAACCCUUCAUUUGUUCCCUUUGUAGUAAAGGGUUUUCACGACCGGAAAUUCUAAACAGUCACAUGCUUGUUCAUACAAGAGCGAAACUAUUUAUUUGUAGUGUUUGUGGUAAAGGAUUUUCACGAAAAGGGGAUCUAAAGAGUCACAUGCAUAUUCACACGGGUGAGAAACCGUUUGUUUGUAGUGUUUGCAGUAAAGGUUUUUCACGAAAAGGGGAUCUAAAGCGUCACAUGCGUGUUCACACAGGUGAGACACCAUUCAUUUGUAAUGUUUGCAGUAAAGAAUUUACACAAAAACAGAGCCUGAAAACUCACAUGCACAUUCACACGGGUGAGAAACCAUUUAUUUGUAGUGUUUGCAGUCAAGGGUUUUUACGAAAAGGUCAACUAAAGAGUCACAUGCGCAUUCACGCUGACAACAAAACGUUCUUUUGUAGUGUUUGUAGUCAAGAAUUUUCACUAAAAGAAAGCCUGCAGCGUCACAUGCAUGUUCACACAGGCGAGACACCGUUUAUUUGUAAUGUUUGCAAUAAAGGAUUUUCUCAAAAACAGAGACUAAAAACUCACAUGCUCAUUCACACAGGUGAGAAACCAUUUAUUUGUAGUGUUUGUGAUAAAGGGUUUUCACUAAAAGAAAAUCUAAAGCGUCAUAUGCGUGUUCACACAGGCGAGACCCCGUUUAUUUGUAAUGUUUGCAAUAAAGGAUUUUCACAAAAACAUAAGCUGAAAACUCACAUGCACAUUCACACAGGUGAGAAACCAUUUAUUUGUAGUGUUUGUAGUAAAGGGUUUUCACAAAAACAGAGACUGAAAUAUCACAUGUACGUUCACACGGGCGAAAAACCAUUUAUUUGUAGUGUUUGUAGUAAAGGAUUUUCACAAAAACAAAGACUGAAAUAUCACAUGCAUGUACACACGGGCGAGAGACCGUUUAUUUGUAGUGUUUGCAGUCAAGGAUUUUCACGACAAGGUCAUCUAAAGAGUCACAUGCAUGUUCACUCAGGCGAGAGACCGUUUGUUUGUAAUGUUUGUAGUAAAGGAUUUUCACGUAAACAGAGUCUACAGUGUCACAUGCGUUUUCACACAGGGGAAAAACCAUUUAUCUGUCGUGAUUGUGGUGAAGGAUUUUUCAACUCUGCAAGACUGAAAAGACACAUGGCUGUUCACACCACAUAAUAUAGCUGUAGUGAGUGUGGAAUUAGUUUUGUAAAGGCAAUAUUGUUGGAACAACACAUGACACUUCACUCUGAGAAGAGGCCAUUUGGUUGUGAUUUCUGUCAAACCAGAUUUGAACAUAAGUGUGAUCUUGAACGUCACAUUAAAAUUCAUUCAGGAGAGAAACCAUCUGUAUAUGGUGUUUCCUGUGAAGCAUUGUCACAUCAUGGAGCUCUGCAGAAACAUAUAAAUGGUCAUGAGAACUGCAACUAAUGAUAAUUAUGACACUAGAUAGCAUUGAGCAAUAAGACAAAAAAGGUUCAUGUCAGUUUGUUGGACUUUAAUAUUUUGAUUUUAUCUUGAUUUGCUUAAUCAGUUUGCACAACUUUGCCAGGUUGUCAAACACACCAGACAUUUAAGAAAUAUGAUGCCAGUCUUGAGACAUAAAACAAUUAACAACAUUAAAGUUAUUGGUAUUAUUAUUGGUAGAAGCUGUAGUGGUUAUAUUUUCCAUCAAUGCAUCAAACUCUCAGCAACAUGCUCAUAAUGUAUUUUUUUGUGAAACCAUAUCUGUCAGGAAUAAACUCCAGCCAAAAAUCAGUUAUUUUUAUGGUUGUUGGAGAAAUGUUGGCAGUACUCCACCCCAAGGUGACCUUUUUCUUCAUUUUGACCUUGUAGAUAAUUGUUUUGUGCUGAAAGAGCAUUCUUUUCAAAAUAUCUCAAAUAAGAAUCUUGAGAUGAAAUUUCCUUUUUGUAUGUAUUGAGACAAUAGAAAUUAAAUGAAUUGAAAUGUUCAGAAAGGUUGGACACAUACAAAGUAAUAUAAAUAUUUAGUUAUACUGUAUUUUUUGGACUAUAAGUCACACUUCUUCUCAUAGUUUGGCCGAUCCUGCGACUUACAGUCAGGUGUAACUUGUAUAUCAAUUCUAAAUGGUAAAUCAUACUGACCAACAUGAACCAAGUAGUAAACAUGACUGUCAAUAGCCACAAGAGGGCGCUCUAGGCUUGUGAAAACUAUAUGCUGCUCCUGUACCACUUAGAAAUUAAUUUAAACAACCAAAUCACUGCUAUGUUGUUGUAGUUAGCUGUAAAGUGAAUAUAUUUUUGUAUUUUACUUUAUGAUUAUAUACUUUUUGUGUAUGUUUGCCUGUUCGUUUUUGUAUGUGUGUAUGAUUUUAUUUUCUGUAUUAUGUGGGGGUUUGUAUAUCAAAGUGAACAGCAUUGUAUAAAACCUGAAUGCUGUAAAGAAUGUGCUAUUGAAAAUUAAUAAAGUAAAAAAAAAUGAAAUAUUAACUAAUAGACAACAAAGACAGAGUACGUUUGUAUGUUCUUUCGCUGUUUCAGUACGCAUUCACGCACCAGAGUGUUGCAUGGUGCAGCUCGCAAGAAGAGCCUAGACCAAGAUAGAACCCUAUUAAUGGGCUGUCCGUGAAGCUAAUAACCAUUAGCUCUAGCUUAAAGGUCCGUUGUCCAGGCGUUUUACAACUUCGCUGAUACAUGUAAGCUUUAUGUUGCUCUCAAAUAUCUGUCAUGCUGUUAUCUUAGCACAUAGUUUGAGGUCAUCUGGGGAAAAUGUAUGAAAAGUAGCUUGAAUCUACAAGUACAAAUGUCUAGGUUCAUGGUGAUCAUCUAUGCUACAGAGCUGAAUUGAUAGCUGCUAAUGUAACAACCAUGUAGCGAUUCUGUCUAUAUGGCCAUCGUUGUAGUGCUUUUAGGCAUAUUUGUGAUGGUGAAAAUAAAAAGUUGUUUUAUUUGUAUGAUAAAUAAUUUUAAUAAAUAAACUUGACUGAA